AUGGAUGUAUCGAGUUUUUUAAAGGCAUUCAAGAAAAAAUCGACUCCAAAUCCAGCGAAAUCGAAAAGCGGUUCCACACCAUUGUCAUUGCUUCCCCAAGGCCAUGAAGAUCCAGAAGAGUUUUUACACUCCAGUGAUGAUGAGGGUACGGUAGAGUCAAACUCAAACGACGGCGGUCCUUUAGAAAAACCUGUAUUUUCUAUCGCGACGCGCCAAGCCACGCGAUAUCAGCGGCAGGGACUCAAGAAGAAUCGAAAUUUUGAGUUAGAGCCUCUAAAGGUGAUUGCAGACCAUGAAGGUUUGAGUACUUCCCAAAAUAGGAUUUAUAACCGCAAAAUGUUCAUGGCUAAAGCGGUUGAUCGGCGACCGGUCCAGCCGCGUCCAAGAGAUGAAUCCUCUGACGCCUUCUGGAAAGAUCUUCUCCAAGAGCGGCAGAAACUUAAGCGCUUAUCAGGAAUCAAUCUUUCUGUCGUAGUGGAGUCAUCAAUCCCUAGUGAAAACAAUAAAACUUCUCUUGAAGAUCGGUUAGUUUCUGUUGAUAAAUUACUGUCUUCCUCGGAUGCUAAUCCUAAUGAGACGACACAUUCCAAUCCUAUUACGGAUAUCCUUUCCUUUUUGACUUCGUCCAAGGAGAACCCAACGGAGGUGGCUAAACCGCCCUCCCAUAGCGAACCUGUGGAAACGCAGCAGAGGGCGAACGCGCCCGACGGCGAUUCAGCCAACGUGGCUUCCGAUUUCUCACCCCCACCCCCAACGGUGCCGACGAAGAAGCCAUCCAUGUUUCAGAGGGCCAAAGCCCUCAAUAAUAAAAAAUAAGCAAAGGCCUGGACUGGCCUGGCCUGUGGAUGAAUCUGAAUUCAGUUUGGACAUUAACGGCGGAUGGGUUUCCACUUCUAUGCGCUGUUACAUCUGUGG